UGGCAGGUCCCAGCAGUGUCACUCAGUCCAGGAGGUGCCAGACUUUAUGAGUUUGUCAUCUCUCUGGUGCUGAGAGAGCAGCCUGGGACUCAGGGGGCCUGGAUUAGGUAGAGAUGGGAUGGGCCAUAGUGAACAGUCAGAGGGACCCAGGGAGACGUGGUCAGAAUAGUGGUUCUCAAACCCGGUGGCACAUUAGAAAUUUUAAAUGCCUGAGUUUCACCUUGGACCAGUUCAAUCGGAAUCUCUGUGUGACCAGCCAGUAUAUUAGUCAUUCUUAAUUUGCAGCCAGGGUUGAGAACCACUGGCCUCAAGCUUUUUCUGGGACUUCUAACACUCACUGUUGUCCCUGUGCAAAGCAUGAGCAUAUACACGUGUUUAUUAGAGAGAAAAGGAACUUACAUCUAGCUCCGCUGGGCCAACUUUAGAGACUAGGAAGCGAGUGAGUGGUGUCUGUCUCCAUGUGUGCGUCUGCGUCUGCAUAAGGUACUGUGUUGGUGGGCGCCCUUGCUGACCAGAGGGUGUGCCGUGGCAUGCCACUCUGGCGAGCGUAUGAAUCUGUGUGACUCCUCCCUUUGUUUCCUGCAGGGUUGGUUCUUGUGCUGACACACCACGAUGGUGCUGCCUACAAACUGGUGUGUUAUUUCACCAGCUGGGCACACAGUCGGCCAGGCCCCGCCUCCAUCUUGCCCCAUGACCUGAACCCCUUUCUCUGCACCCACCUGAUAUUUGCCUUUGCCUCGAUGAACAACAAUCAGAUUGUUGCUAAGGAUCUCCAGGAUGAGAACAUUCUCUAUCCAGAGUUCAACAAACUAAAGGAGAGGAACAGAGAGCUGAAAACACUGCUGUCCAUCGGCGGGUGGGAUUUUGACACCUUAAGGUUCACCACUAUGUUGUCCACAUUUGCCAACCGUGGAAAGUUUAUUGCUUCAGUUAUAUCCCUUCUGAGGACACAUAACUUUGAUGGCCUUGACCUUUUCUUCUUGUAUCCUGGGCUAAGAGGCAGUCCCAGGCAUGACCGGUGGACUUUUCUCUUCCUAAUUAAAGAGCUCCUGUUUGCCUUCCAGAAGGAGGCACUGCUCACCAUGCGCCCGAGGCUGCUACUGUCUGCUGCUAUUUCUGGGGUCCCACACAUCGUCCAAACACCCUAUGAAGUGCGCUUUCUGGGAAGAUUCCUGGAUUUCAUCAAUGUCUUGUCUUAUGACUUACAUGGAAGUUGGGAAAGGUUCACAGGACAUAACAGCCCCCUGUUCUCUCUGCCUGAAGAUCCCAAAUCUUCGGCAUAUGCUAUGAAUUACUGGAGAAAGCUUGGGGCGCCCUCAGAGAAACUCAUGAUGGGGAUCCCCACCUAUGGACGUACCUUUCGCCUCCUCAAAGCCUCUAACAGUGGGUUGCAGGCCAGAGCGAUGGGACCAGCAUCUCCAGGGAAGUACACGAAGCAAGCAGGCUUAUUGGCUUAUUAUGAGAUUUGCUCCUUUGUCUGGGGAGCGAAAAAGCACUGGAUUGAUUAUCAGUAUGUCCCAUAUGCCAACAAAGGGGAGGAGUGGGUUGGCUAUGAUGAUGCCAUCAGCUUCAGUUACAAGGCAUGGUUUAUAAAGCGAGAGCAUUUUGGGGGGGCCAUGGUGUGGACAUUGGACAUGGAUGACGUCAGGGGCACUUUCUGUGGCACUGGUCCUUUCCCCCUUGUCUACGUAUUGAAUGAUAUCCUGGUGAGGGCUGUGUUCAAUUCAACUUCUUUACCACAAUUUUGGCUGUCAUCCACUGUGAAUUCUUCAAGCACUGACCCUUCAAGCACUUCAAGGCUGGCUGUGACCAAGGCAUCGACCACUGAUAUUAAGAUUUUGCCUCCAGGAGGAGAGGCUGAGGUCACUGAGAUCCAUGGAAAGUAUGAAAAUAUGACUAUAAGCCCUAGAGGCACAACUGUGACCCUUACAAAGGAAACUGUAUCCCUUGGAAAGCACAUUGUAGCUCUAGGAGAGCAGACUGAGAUCCCCGGGGCAAAGACCAUGAGUUCUGUGGGUCAUCAGUUCAUGACCCCCGGAGAGAAGGCCCUGACCCCUGUGGGUCAUCAGUAUGAGCCCUCUGGGAAGAAGACCCUGACCCCUGUGGGUUAUCAGUCCAUGACCCCUGGGGAGAAGACCCUGACCCCUGUGGUUCAUCAAUCUGUGACCCUGGUGAGUCAUCAGUCCAUGAACCCUGGAGAAAUGACUAUGACCCCUGUUCAUUUUCAGACUGAGACCCUUAGAGAGAAUGCAAUGGCCCCUAGAACGAAGGCUGUGGCCCUUGAAAAGGUGACUGUCCCCUCCAGAAAGGUAUCAGUCACCCCUGAAGGGCAGACUAUGCCUCUAAAAGGGGAGAAUUUGACUUCUGAGGUGGGCAUUCACCCCAAGAUGGGUAACUUGGGUCUUCAGAUGGAAGCUGAAAACAGGAUGCUGCUGCCCUCCAGCCCUAUCAUCCAGCUCCCGGAACACACUUCUCCAGCUUUUGACAACCGCUUUGUUCCCAUCUAUGGAAACCAUUCCUAUGUCAACUCAACAACCCCUCAAACAAGUCCUCUCUCUCUAAAAAAAGAAAAUCCAGAAAACUCUGCUGUGGAUCAAGGAGCCUAAGCCCUGGUGGUGUCAGAAACCAGGGAAAACCCUUGUCUUCUCUUCUAAGUAACACGAUGGGUGCCGCCUCAUCCUGGGGCAAGGCAGGCAUCAAAACCGCAAUUGGCCAAUCUCUUUUCUGUUAAAUAAACUGGAAACACAAGAACCCA